UAUAUAAAACUUGGCAGUAAGCUUGAAUCGGGUAAUGAUAUAGAAGAUGCUAUAAAAGAUAUUUCUGAUAAAGAAAAAUUAGGAAUGAUAGCUGGGAUUUUGAACUUACAUGAAUGGACAUGGCCAUCUGACGAAAAUAAUAUGAAAUAUAUACAUUCUAGAGCAAUGCCAAAAAUUGGUAGUUGGAAAGAAUGGACACCUGAUAGAAUGGAAAAAAUCAUUAAAAAACGAAAAAUUGAAAAACCUAAUCCCACAAUUACGAAGCAUACAGAUCCUAGCAAAUCUUGGACAAUUCCGAUUGUUCAAAGACAAGCCCAACAAAUGCAUGAAAAGUUAAUAAUAUGUGUACAGAAUGGUGAACUUGAACAAGUCGACAUGCCAAAAAUUACAAGUAUUCAAAAUUGGAUUUCAGGAUUUUUACGUAGAUGGAAAGAAGCCAUGGUGCUUCGUUCAUUAGAAGAGAAGGACACUUAG